ACAUUGGAAGAGAUGGGGUAAUCAAAGCAUGCGUCGAGAAAUCUGCACAAGUGCCUGCAACUUCGAAUUAUUCUUAUUUGGUGCAUGAUUGCUUUAAAUUCUAAUGAUGGGUUUGCAUUAACAAUACAUUCCUCCCAGUCCCACGCCCAUCACCUCCACCAUUGCUACAUCCCCCGAGGUUAGUGCCACCAUUCCUAGAAACCGCAGACACAAAUCAAACAGAAGAAAGAGAGUUUGUGGGUUUUAGGAGGAGAGAGAAAAAGCGAGUCUCAAAGUGUAUAAAAUAAAGCUAUUAAAGGUGGGGGAACCAGGCUCUCUUCAAGAACGCCUUUUACAGUCGAUAAAGAAAGCACAAAAAGCAAUUGCAUGCGUGUUUAUAAGAUUCAUCUUCUUCAUCAUCACUUGGUCUCAAGAUUCAAGCUCUUUACUCCAUCCUCCUCGUCCAUGAUGACUGAUACCCAUUUGUUUGAUUAGCAGGGGAUGAUUAACAGAAAUAUAAGAGGUUAAAAAGAAAAAAGAUUCACAGUCAAAAAAGAAGCAAGAAUGCCCACAAGGCAAAUCAAAGAAGGAGUGGAGCAACACCUUGCGGUGAAACCCAAAUCGAAUUUACAAAAUCAGAUGCACCCAGAAGCUGAAAAAAACCUGAAAACAUUUCCGAGCGAAAAUGGGAGAUCCCCACCUUGUGCAGCUCAUGAAAACCAGCAUCAUCAGCCACACAGGAACAAAGGAAGAAGAAGGGGAAGAGGUGGCAGGAAAUCAUCUGAUCAAGAAAGCGGCAUCUUUAUGCGUCCAAAUUCAAGGCCAUGUACCCAGAAGGCGGCAGAUCUACCAGAGUUUGAUUGUAACAAAACUUCGAAUUUGAAUGAAUCAUCAGAAAUGAGUAGUUUUCCUUGUUCAAGCAAGUCUUUAAGUUUUGCUCCUAGGCCAGGCUAUGGUCAAACAGGGACAGUUUGUAUGGUCAAGGCUAACCAUUUUAUGGCACAGUUACCAGAUAAGGACUUGAACCAGUAUGAUGUUAGCAUACUUCCUGAAGUAACAUCACGAGCUUUGAACAGAGCUAUUAUGGGAGAGUUGGUGAAACGAUAUAAAGAAUCUGAUUUGGGGACGAGGUUGCCUGCUUAUGACGGGCGCAAGUGUUUAUUUACUGCUGGUGAGCUGCCAUUUGUCUGGAAGGAAUUUAGGAUCAAACUGGUGGACCAAGAGGAUGGGAUCAAUAGUCCCAAAAGAGAGAGGGAGUACAAAGUGGUGAUUAGAUUCGUGGCACAUGUAAAUUUGCACCAUUUAGGCGAAUUUCUAGCUGGUAAACGAGCAGAUGGUUCACAAGAAGCCCUCCAAAUUCUAGACAUAGUGUUGAGAGAGCUUUCCACGAAAAGGUAUUGUCCAGUGGGAAGGUCCUUUUUUUCUCCUAAUAUUCGGAAAGCGCAGCAGCUGGGAGAAGGCCUGGAGUCAUGGUGUGGAUUCUACCAAAGUAUUCGACCUACUCAAAUGGGAUUGUCACUAAAUAUUGAUAUGGCUUCAGCGGCUUUUAUUGAGGCUCUCCCGGUAAUAGAUUUCGUAGCCCAGCUUCUUGGCAAAGAUGUGCUAUCGAGACCGCUCUCUGAUUCUCACCAUGUCAAGAUUAAAAAGGCUCUUAGAGGAGUGAAAGUUGAAGUGACUCAUAGAGGGAGUGUACGAAGAAAAUAUCGAGUUUUUGGAUUAACGUCGCAGCCCACAAGAGAAUUAGUAUUCCCAGUUGAUGACAAUGCAAACAUGAAGUCUGUUGUUGAAUACUUUCAAGAAAUAUAUGGAUUCACUAUUCGGCUAACUCAUCUCCCUUGCCUUCAAGUAGGAAACCAAAAGAAGGCCAACUAUUUACCAAUGGAGGCAUGCAAAAUUGUUGAAGGGCAACGAUAUACAAAAAGGUUAAAUGAGAAACAAAUUACAGCUUUAUUGAAAGUUACCUGCCAGAGACCCAAGGAUCGUGAAAAUGAUAUAUUGCAGACAGUUCACCAAAAUUCAUACAACCAAGAUCCUUAUGCUAAGGAAUUUGGUAUCCGAAUCAGCGAAAAGUUAGCAUGUGUAGAGGCAAGAGUGCUACCUGCACCUUGGCUAAAAUAUCAUGAUGCUGGGAAAGAAAAGGAUUGCUUGCCUCAAGUUGGUCAGUGGAAUAUGAUGAACAAGAAAGUGAUUAACGGGAUGACUGUUAGCCGGUGGGCAUGCAUAAACUUCUCUCCAAGUGUCAAAGAAAGUGUUGCUCGUGGAUUCUGUAAUGAAUUGGCUCAAAUGUGUCAAGAAUCUGGCAUGGAAUUCAAUCCAGACCCGGUGAUACCAAUUUAUACAGCCAAACCUGAGCAUGUUGAGAAAGCACUAAGGCAUGUCUAUCAUGUCUCAAUGAACAGGCUAAAAGGAAAUGAAUUGGAGCUUCUAUUAGUCAUCUUACCUGAUAAUAAUGGAUCCUUAUAUGGUGAUAUAAAGCGGAUAUGUGAAACGGAUCUCGGUUUGAUAUCUCAAUGUUGUCUUACGAAAUACGUGUUCAAGAUUAGCAAGCAAUACUUGGCGAAUGUAUCUUUGAAGAUCAAUGUUAAGAUGGGUGGUAGAAACACAGUUCUUUUGGAUGCUAUUAGUUGCAGAAUACCAUUAGUGAGUGACAUACCGACAAUUAUAUUUGGAGCAGAUGUCACUCACCCAGAAAAUGGAGAAGACUCUAGCCCCUCAAUAGCUGCUGUAGUAGCUUCCCAGGAUUGGCCUGAAGUGACAAAAUAUGCGGGAUUGGUUUGUGCUCAAGCUCAUAGACAGGAACUUAUUCAAGAUUUGUACAAAACAUGGCAAGAUCCUGUUCGUGGAACUGUCAGUGGUGGCAUGAUCAGGGAUCUUCUAGUUUCUUUCCGCAAGGCAACAGGACAGAAACCGCUACGGAUCUUAUUUUACAGGGACGGAGUGAGCGAAGGGCAAUUUUAUCAAGUGUUACUGUAUGAAUUGGAUGCUAUUCGUAAGGCUUGUGCAUCUUUAGAACCAAAUUACCAACCACCAGUGACUUUUAUUGUUGUGCAAAAACGUCACCAUACACGAUUAUUUGCAAACAAUCAUAGGGACCGUAGCACCACAGACAAGAGUGGAAAUAUUUUACCCGGUACUGUUGUUGAUACCAAAAUUUGUCAUCCAACAGAGUUUGAUUUUUAUCUCUGCAGCCAUGCCGGUAUUCAGGGGACAAGUCGACCUGCUCAUUACCAUGUUCUGUGGGAUGAGAACAAUUUCACUGCAGACGGGAUUCAGUCGUUGACAAACAAUCUUUGUUAUACAUAUGCAAGAUGCACACGCUCUGUAUCUAUAGUUCCGCCAGCAUACUAUGCACAUUUAGCUGCCUUUCGGGCAAGGUUCUAUGUUGAACCAGAAAUGCAGGAAAAUGGGACAAAGGGAACUGGUGUCAGACCCUUGCCUGCCCUCAAGGACAAUGUGAAAAGAGUAAUGUUUUAUUGUUAGCAAGGAUUCUUCAUAUAGGGCUCUGCUGUGCUGUUUUCUUUGUAUGUAGUAUAAUAGAUAGCUUGGUCUAAGAAAAAAGGCAUCAUCGCUUGCUUGCUUGUAUUAUAUUUUUUUUUAUAUGGAUGGUUGAUGCAAUUUGAGAA